CCCUUUCACCUAUUGAUAACUAGUCUUGUCACUAGACGCCGGCACUCAGGCCAAGAAACGUGCAGACGUUGGGGCCACGGAUGCAUGCAAACAUACUUUCGAUCCCACAAGACGGUCCGCAUGCCACCCUCGUAGGACAGCGCCAAAAGCGUGUAUCAAGGCAGCCCAUUGGUGGCAGAACACCCCUAGCCAUCAACUGCAACAUCAGCCUAGAGACCGUUGCCGUCAUUUCGUCGCAGACCCCUAGGCCUCACUUUCCAGCUAUGCAUGUCACUUUAGACCAGAUCCUCAAGGCCCGGCCUGGUUUGAUCUUCGGCAACGAACCCCAGCGAACAGCAACCCUAGUACGACGCGAGAUCGAAUCGAGUGAGCAAUUCGUGAUAGAGUGCUGCUGUUUAUGCAUACCCGUGAUACUCUACAGAGUCAUCUGUUUGCUUCAAACUUUAUAUUCGUGACAAGAGUCAAACGAAGUCAUGAUACAACUGGUACCUGGGUAGCCGCAGGCAGCCAUGCGCAACAAAUGCCGCCUGUAGCGCAAAUGGUGGUAGUAAUUUAACUCUGUCGCGGCACGAAUGACAUCCA